GAAAAAAAAAAUCUUAACAAUUUCAAUCAAGUAAUCAGAAUUCAGACGCGAUGAAUGCAUGAUUUUAGAUCCAAUCAACUUCACAAACGAUUUCGCUUCGUUGAUCAUUAAUCAGAUUUAGUUAUUGAAUAAUUUUAGUGAGAUAUGAUGGAUCCAGAAGACCUACAAUCAGACCUACUUGCUUUGAGAAGGUUAUAUAUGCUUCUUGUACAAGAUGAACACUAUAUAGAAGAUGCAGCCUCUGAAAAUUUGGACGAUAACGCAAGACGUUUAUUAAUAAAUUUACUUGAUGCUGCUGCGAAUAAAGCUUUCGAUGCUCACGCAAAGAUUCUAGAUGCUCAAGUUAGAGCAACGAAUAGCUUGUGGUCAACGCCGCAAGGGCAAUCUAGAGACGGGCUAAAUCUGCGAUCAUUUUCAAUGAGAAAAGCACCAACUGAUGCUGCUUAUGUUGACCUUUUAACUGGUGAUUGGAAUUUCAGUGAGUCAACAGAUCAAGCAGACCUUGCAGGUGAUCCUGGCACCAGAAUGAAACGAUGCCGGGUAUGCCGGAAAACAAAAGUCAAACAGUUGACUAAAGAGAUUAGUUUUACGGAUAGCAAAGCUUUGACUCCAAUUAAUGGUCAGUUUUCGAUUAAUCUAACUGACCAAGAGGAUCAAAUAUCUAGAGAAGCUUCUGCUAAGAUCCUACAGUUGGAAUCGUGUAUUUCUUCUUUGCAAGUAGCAGCCAAACACACAAAUUUUCUAAAAAACGAACCCGAGAAUGAACCAAAGCAGACUGGAAUCGUUUCUGUAAGUAGAAGCGACCCAAACAGUAGCACAAGUCAAAUGAUUUGGAAGCCUAUAGAUAUGGGUCAACAAUGCGAUGACCAGACAACACGGUUGAUUAAUGAGUUAGCCCUGCAAGGUCCACUGGUCAACACGACGCUUCCUAGUGGUCAAACAGUAAGUCAACAAGUAGAGGAACCUGUGGUCAACAAAAUUGAAACGUUCAAUCCGAUAACAAAUCAGUAUAAUAAUAUACCAGAGGAACCUUAUUAUCUUUUUCCUAGCGGUGGGAUCUCUUCCAAAAUGGCCAACAAGAAUCGGUUUUUACAUAGGAGUUUGUCAAGUCAGAUAAACAGACAACCGUUGGAUCAGUUACAGAUGGGUAGAAAGGAGGCAAUGAGGACUUCAGAGAUGACAGAAUGGCGGGACCCUGUUGAAUUCGUAGGGCGAAAGCAACCUGGUGAAACAUACGAUGAUCAAAUGGACCGUUACAGAGGGAAACAUGAGGUCGUUGACACCAAGAGAUUGGUUUCAGAGAGUCCAGUUUCAAGUUCAAACUAUGCAACUUGGAAUCAAAGUCCAAGUCAAAGCUAUAACAGUUUCAGUGUCAGUGAAAAGAGUGAGAGCGAGAUGAACUCGGUUUCAAGUCAGGAUGAGAGUCCAUACAAGAGUAGUUCAUUUGAAUCUUUAGGCUCAAUGUCAAGGAGGACGGUUCCUAAAAGGGGUUACAAAGAGGGUGGUCCGAAAGAACCAAAUAGGAUAAGUGAGAGCAAGAUGAAAAUGGAUUCGAGUCGGGAUCUCUUUCCUUACAUGAGUAGUGGCUCAGACAAAUCUUCAAGGUCAAGGAGGACGGUUCCGGAAAAGGGUAACAAAAAGGGUGAUCAAGAAGAACCGAAAAGGAAAAGUGAGAGCAAGAUGAACACAGUUUCAAGUCGGGUUCAGAGUCCUUACAUGAGUAGUAGAUCAAACGAAUCUUCAGGGUGGUCAGGGUCAGGUUCAGGAUCAGGGUCAAGGAGGACGGUUCCUAAAAAGGGACACCAAAAGGGUAAUAAAAAAGAACCAAAGAUGAGCAUGGUUUUAAGCCUGGAUCAGAGUUCUUACACGAGUAGUGGCUCAAUCGAAUCUUCAGGGUCAGGGUCAGGGUCAGGGUCAAGGAGGAUGGUUCCUAGAAAGGGACACAAAAAGAUGGACACGGUUUCAAGCCUGGAUCAGAGUUCUUACACGCGUAGUGGCUCAAACGAAUCUUCACGGUCAGGGUCCAGGUCAGGUUCAUGGUCAGGAUCAGGAUCAGGAUCAGGUUCAUGGUCAGGAUCUGGGUCAGGAUCAGGGUCAGGGUCAAUGAUUCCUAAAAAGGGACACCAAAAGGGUAAUCGGAAAGAAUCAAAGAGGAUAAGUGAGAGCAAGAUGAGCACGGUUUCAAGCAUGGAUCAGAGUUCUUACACGGGUAGUAGCAAAAGCUCAACCGAACCGGAGGAAAGCCAAGUUGGGCGGUUGGGUAAACUUAAAGACAAGUUAGCAGUCAUCUUCCAUCACCACCAUCAUCAUCACCAUCACCACCACGGUAGUAGUGAGGAAGAGGAUUACAAGAAAGUCUUAUGGAGGAAUGCUAAAAAGGUCAUUGGUCAAGGAGGAAAAGCGGUCAAGAAGAUUGAGAAAAAUGCAUUGCCGGCGAUAAAGAAAUACGAGGCUCAUGGUGAAGUUAUGGUCAAGAAGAUGGAGAAAAAGGCCUUGCCGGCGAUAAAGAAGUAUGCGGCUCAUGGUGAACACGCGGUCAAGAAGAUUGAGAAAAAGGCCUUGCCGGCGAUAAAGAAGUAUGCGAGUCAUGGUGAACACGCGGUCAAGAAGAUUGAGAAAAAGGCCUUGCCGGCGAUAAAGAAGUAUGCGUCUCAUGGUGAACACGCGGUCAAGAAGAUUUAUAAAAAGGCUCAUGGUAAACACGCUGUUAAGAAGAAUGAUCAUAAUGCAUUGGCGAUAAAGGAUGAAGCUCAUAGUGAACACACGAUCAAGAAGAAUGAGAACAAGGCAUUGGUGUUAAUGAAGGAUGAGGCUCAUGGUGAACACGCGGUUAAGAAGAACGAGAAUAAGGCGUUGGUAUUAAUGAAGGAUGAAGCUCACGGUGAGCAUGCGGUCAAGAAGAAUGAGAGCAAGGCAUUGGUAUUAGUGACGGACUAUGGUGAGCACACGGUCAAGAAGAAUGAGAACAAGGCGUUGGUAUUAAUGAAAAACGAUGCUCAUGGUGAGCACACAGUCAAGAAGAAUGAGAACAAGGCGUUGGUUUUAAUGAAGAACGAGGCUCAUGGUGAACACGCAGUCAAGAAGACUGAGAACAAAGCGUUGGUGAUAAAGAAGGAUGCGGCUCAUGGCGAACACGCGGUCAAGAAGAGUGACAACAUGGCGCUAGUGCUCCACAAAGCAGCCGGUGACAAAGAUAGCAAGGCGUUGGUGCUCCACAAACCCGGAGGUAACAAAGAGAGCAAAGCGUUGGUGGUGCGCAAACCAGGAGGUAAAAAGCAAACAAGUCAGAUGCAGGCACUCAUGGGCGGGUUGCUGAAAAACUCUCGUCGGUCCACUAAAAAAAGCAAGUCCAAAAGUGUUGAAAACACAGGAGGUAAAAAGCAAGCAAGUCAGAUGCAGGCACUCAUGGGCGGGUUGCUGAAAAACUCUCGUCGGUCCACUAAAACAAGCAAGUCCAAAAGUGGUGAAAAGAGAACCCCGAGCGGUUCAAAUGGGCAAAAAAACAUCGGUGGUGUAAAGACAGGACAGAAAAUGCAGUGGUUUCAAAUGCUACGGCAGCAGCGAAAAGUGGAGAGGCUCGAGAAACUACGUAAGAAAGUCGACUAUGACAAAGUGGCAGCAACCCUUAAACGCCCAUAACAAGCCAGAUAUAAGAGCAUGGCUGAACAAGAUUAUUUUUUUUAAAUGUUGUUUACUUGUCACAUGUAUUAAGAUCUCCAUUUCAUUCUGUGUGUAUAGUAUGUAUUUUUAUGAAAAUGCCAAAGUAUUAUGA